AUGUCUGUUCAGUGCCAGGUUGCUCAUCCGUACUUGCUUCUCAAGUCACUUUCUCUGCUCACCAUCUCCAAAGAUGCGUGGGCAGAGGUGGAGUUUACUGAAUCUUCCGUGACGUUGGACGUUGAGGGCGCAGGUCAGUCGGCCACAGCUACGGCUGUGCUUCCCACAUCAAUCUUCUCACAAUACACCACGACUGGCGUUCGUUUUGCUGUGCACCUGGGCAUGUUUCGGAACGCCUUGUUGUUGGGUGGUCCGUCGCAACUGAACUCCAUGUCCACCUCACGUGUGGUGUUGUCGUACCCAACCAAAGAAGCGAGGUUGCUCGUCGAACUGUCGGACGGAAAAAUCACGUUGCGUUCAAAACUUAUCACUCAACGACCGAAGGAAUAUCCGCUUGACCUUCAGUUUUCACAUGCGCGUAUUUUGAAUCAGGUGACACUGCCAGGUGACGCGGCGAGAGCUGCCAUAGAGGAUUUAGUGACAGCACAAUGUUCUCAUGCGGUUGUAACGCUGGACCCUCGGGAGGGUGUGCUGUUCCGAGGGGAAGGUGGGCCGUAUGGUAGCGCACUUAUCAAAAUCCCACUUAAUUCAGAUGUUAUUUCUUCCAUUUUUGACGGUGAUGAGCGGGUGGAAACUCACGUACUUCAGUCACACCUGGUCCUAGUUUGCGGAGUGCGCUCGGGAGGUAAACAACGGCGUAACACUCUUGUACCAGCAAAUGAUUUCCUUAUGGGACCCAAUAGUAAUGGUGGUGGUGGUUACGGGCAGCAACAAGCGGCGGUUGGUGGGUUUGAGAGGUUGAUGCUUCAGAUAAAUGAAGCACGGCAGCUUAGUGUGGUGCACAUGCUGCGAGAGCGGGAUAUCCCUGUGACUGUUACGUUGGUUGUUUCCCCCAUAUACAAUCUGCACGAUCAGUAA